CAAGGAAGGCUGCCUUCGACUUUUGACUCGGUAGAGAGCAUACAUUUGCACUUCCUGUUCUGCGUCCAGUCUUCGAUCCUUGAUCUACGGUCUCCAUUUGUACCGAAACUGCCGAGCUCAUCUUCAAGCGAGCCCCCAUGGAAAACUCCGGCGCCUUCGUCUCGCCCCUCCCAGUCCUGUCCCAGCGACGCCCGGCGCCCGUCAAGUCGCGAGUAUGCAUGGCAGCCGACAAGCCCGACGAGAAGAAGCCGUCCGGGGCAGGAAAGCCCAAGCCCGGAUCGCGGCCAAAAAAGACCAUCAAGUCAACCGCGACGUGGGCCAAUGUCUUCCUGCCGCAGUUCGGAAGGAAGGGGCCCGGCUCGAACCCCGAUUGGGACCUCCGCCCGGCCAGUCUGCGCAAAGAGGAAGAGGGAAGGGGCAUUUGUGACCACUGCAAGGGAACCGGAAGUACCAAGUGCAGCUUUUGCAGCGGCUUGACGCAUGUCGGCGCGGAUGGCAAGGUCAGGCCUUGCCCGGCGUGCGACGGAAAUGUCACCGUCAUGUGUUCCGUGUGCUUCGGGACGAAGAAACAAAUUGAAAUGACCGGCAAUUGGUGGGAACGCGGCAUUGCAUCCUUGUUUAAAGAGUAAGAGCAGACAUAUGUCCAUGCUUCUGUCAUAACACAGUAUCACGUUUGCAACUGCUGAGGCGUACUUCUGCCUGCCGCGAUUUUCCCGGGUGACAUAAACACGCCAGAAGUCAAAGACGGUCUUACAUAAAAUAUCUUCAUGUCUGAUGGCACACGUUUCGUA